GUAUCGAUCACAAUGACGCACGCAGUAAACAGUGACGUAUGAACUCAAGGAGUCAAGGGGCUAUUUUAUUGCCGAUAUGUAAACACUUCCAUAAAUAACUAGUACUCUUAGAGCACUAUCAAUUAUUUUGAAUGGCUCAUUGAUCCUGGAUAAGGAAUAAAUUUGAUACUUAUCGUCCGAGGGUAUAACGAGCGGUGAUUUUUUUUUCUAAAUUUUAUACCAUGGCUCCGAAAACCUAACCUCACCGCUGACACCAGACGACGUUACGAAGCCAUUGCAAGCUGUCCCUUACUCCUUAUGCGCAAAGGCAGCAGUCUUUUAUUGUGCUGCGAAAAUCGUAAAAGUGAAAAAUUUCGUGCGUGACGUUUUCCGUGCGUGUAAAUAAACUGUCGAACCGUUGAUAAUGAAAAAAUAAUAGUUCGAAUUCAACUACCGAGUUUCAGUCAUGUCAGGGAACAAUGUGAGAUAUGGAACAUUUGAAUGUAAAUUUCAAACUUCUCAUUAUCUCAUGCGAAUUUCAUUGUCCUUGUAGCUGAUGCUCGGUUUAGAAUCGAUCCCAUGGUGUGAGCGGAUGUUUUAAAGUAGGCUACGUCGAUCCAUCUUAUUACUCCAUCGCUAAGGUUGCAUGUUUAUAAAUUUGCCAAGAUAUCUGGCUUGUGAAGUAUAAACUGAUAAGUAAUGUUUUUGUGGUUAGGAACGCGUAGAAGGCUACCUAUGUAAUUUUUCGAGCGAUCGAUAACUCAGUGAGGAUUCAGUGACUGGUUAGAAUCGCUUAUGGACAAUUAUACGAGUGUAUCAUGUUUCUGCAAACUGUUUCAAGGUUAAUUAGACAUUUGAUACAAAGUGGUUUGGUGUUUAGUGAUCGAAAAUUGUAGCAGUUUAUACCGUCAACACGGGAUUGUUCGAUAAAUCGACGUUAUCUACGACGUUUCGACUCCCGAGUCAACAAUAUAAUUUUCGUAUCCGAUUCUCUGUCGCUUGAUUUCAUGCGGGAAAGCAGAACGGUAUAAUUCACCUCUGUUCUACGGUGUUAACAUCUUAGAAAUCUCCACCUGCCAUAACCGUACAGCUGCGAUAAUAUUGGCGUACUGAAAUCGUGCAAAAGUUUAUUUUCGAUUAAUCGAUGCUCAUCCCUCGACCCUGAACGAUUAAACUAGCUCCCACAACGUCCAGCAUGUCGGGCGAGAGAUCCCCACAGCCUCCAAAUAAUGCCGUAUUUCUAUAGAAAAUCCUUGAUUUGUAAAUAAAAUUAGUGUUGUGGCUCCGUUAUCGUGCGCUGGACGUUUUAACGGAUAUAAAUGGUGACAGUAUAUCGUAAAUUUACGGCCAUACGGCCCUAAAAACGUAAGGAAUAUGAGGCAAUGAACACAGAAGAUAUAUCUCUGUCAAGCUCCAGCAAGAUGGCCCCAUGGCCGGAGCAUCAUCAAGAACCUGUAGCCCCUGAUAAAACCGAUGAAAACCGUGUAGGGACAAGCGACACGAGUACAGAGGCUGCCACGAUAAAUGAAGCCAGUCUCGUCGUGGCUGUGGACACCGAUACUAGUGAAAAUAAUUCUAAUUUGACUGGUCAAAUUGCGCCUAGUAAUUCAGGAACCGAAAACAAGCAGGAGGAACCUGCAACUUUGUCCACCCUGAAUGAAGGAGAGCUACGUGCUUUAUUGGAUGAAGCUAUAACCUACAAGUGCCCUAAAGAUCGUGAAGGGAAAUCCAACCUUUUCAAGGAACUUCUUCAAGAGGCAGAAGCCGAUGAAACAGAAGAAGGCCGUCGAGCGGUAGCCAAUUCCCGCUGUCUCCCUGGCUCUAACCGUCGAAGACAUAAGCGAGAUUCGGUGUCAGAGCGUCUUACGCACGGAGGGUCAUUGCAAAAUUUGGCCCAGCCAAUCAGCUCUGAAUUUGACAGUAGUUUCACGUAUUUAACUUCUGGCUGCAGCCACAUAUACGGUGGGGGUAGAAGGAAGGGUAAAAAGCAUACAGGUCCAAGCGUUUCUGCAAGACAAAGAGAAGGCGGAUCCCUACCGUCGAAUGUCAAUGCAUCCCAUAGUUUAGCUUCGCUAGCUAAUUUGGACCUACUGUUUGACAAAAAGGGUUUUUCUGAAGAAAGAGCUGCUUACGACUGGGCAAACAAAGAAAAGUCAAAAUCGCUGGACAAACCUUCGUACAGUGGUUCAAAACGAGAAGAAAAGGACAAAGAAAAGAAAGAAAAUAAAAGAGAAACUGAAGACCGAGUACAAACCGAGGGCGAUAGAGAAAGUAAGGAUAAAAAAGGGGGCAGAGGAAAGCAACUCACAAAUGAGAUGGUCGAAUCGGAUCCUCCUCCUCCAGAACCCAAACCAGACUAUAUGGUGAUCGAUCUUAGUGACGUCGAGGGAGGGGGACUGGGGGAACACAAUGUGGCAGGUGCAGGAGGUGGUGCGCAACGUCCUCAUGCGAUUGACACAGAAGAUGACGAGGGGACAGAAAUGAAAGUUAUUGAACCUCGUCUACCAGUACAAUUCAGAACUCAUGCCACGCUUGAUAUUGCCCAGACUCCGGUCGAUUCCAGUAUCGAGUUUCCCAUACGCGAACAUAACGGAAAACAAGACAAGUCUAAAGUAUCAGUCAAUGGCACCGAAGCAACAAAUGCCCGACAAUUUCCCCCAUUUAAUACCAUGAAAUGCAUUGUCGGUGGUCCUUCGGUUGGCGCUAAUUCUCAACAGGGUAAAGUACCAGUACCAAAUGUUUACUCUAUGAUGAAUUGGUCAUCAACAAGUCCAAAUCUUGCAAUGGAAACAGUGUCCAGGCUUGCGACUCAUCACAUUCCAGUUAAGGAAUCAUCCAGCUCUGGGGAGAAGAAGUCUUUAGAUGAGAAUGGAAAUGCUGUACAAGGAUAUGGUAACGAGCGAAAAAAGUUACGCAGGAAGCACGCACAGGAACCAAACGUCAUUGUAUAUAAUGCUGAAAAUGUAAAGGGCCACCGCAACGAAAAAGACAUCGAAAUCCUGAUUAACUUCAUCGAAAGCAAGGAAUCUAAAGGCAAGAAAGGGAAGACCGGUAAUACAGUCAGAGUAAAAACUAGCUCAGCAGUAAAACCACGAGCCAGGGAAAAAGAUACUAAAAGAGAACAGCUACCAACCAAACUGCACAAAUCAAACUCUCUGGAGGAAAUCUCUAAGACUAAACUGGAAGAUCUUACUGCAGAAAAGAGUAUGAAUUCUAGUGGAGCUAGCAGCAUCUCGAGUCAACAUGGUACUACCAGCAUAGCCUUACGCCGAGCUAAACAGCGCAGCACUGGGGAUACAACGGUCGAUUGUCGCGGUGAUCGGCGCUCUUGGGGUACAGAAGAAGGGCAGUCGAUAUAUUGCAAUGAUACCGGCGAUGAUUAUACGACUCGCCGAAAUUCUACCAAAAAAAUAAAUCUGGAACCCGAACCUGAGCCAGAUUUUUUCGUGGUAACUAAAAAAAAGAAAAGCAAGAAACAACGAAGGAGAAGUUCUAGUGGCGGAAGAGCACAAAAUUUAACGACUUCCGGUUCAUACCUACAAAGAUCAAGAGGAUUCACCAACGAUUACAGGACACCCCUCUCGCCAGAACUUAGGAGGAAAUCUGCCAGCAGUAUGCCGCCGAGCGACAAAUCAGAUAGCAGUGACCUGGACUCGGUUCAUUCUCUUCCUAUUACUUCGAACACAACCAAGCAUAAUCUCACCAAAAAUCCUGCCUCGUCAAGUGGUACCCCGCAGGCCAGCUAUGCAGACAUUGCACGUACUGCUACAAUAAAUAUUUCUGCCAACUCUGUUCUGAAGAUAACAGAAAUUGUACCAAUGAUGUUGAAUGCUGCAUGUUGGCCGAGCGUCCCUUCCAAGACGCCGUCCGAAUCGGAUAAGAUACCUCAAGACUAUUAUCCAAGUCUGGACGAACUACAACACUCGGAGAGAAAAACAAGGCAGCAUACAUUUGCGCACUCAAAUCAUUUGAAUAGUCUCAGUUCAAGUUUCGAAAAACCACCAUCACCGACGUUAUCCAAAAUAAGGCCUUUGCCAGACAACAAAAAAGCCGAGGCCCACGAAGAAGCAAUUAAUAAAAAGAUUCAAGUGAUUAAGUAUGUUCGAGAUAUUGAGAAAAUGCAUCAGCUAGCUCAAGAGACUAAAAUCAUGAAUUUGAACAAUUCAAAUCCUAAUCCUACUGAGACAGCACAGGGUAAUCAAAUUCCGCCAAAAUCAAGCAACUCCAUCGGUAAUUAUUGCUCUCCGGAAACAGAUAAUUUCGCUUUUCAAGAAACCGCUAGUCCGAAAGAUUCGAAUUUCAAUACGAGAAUCAAUAUCCCAAGACCAAGAAGAGCAUAUUUCCAAAGCGCUCCAUAUACUCAGUCCCAGCCGCAGUCGGAAGAUUCAAUAGAGCCUAAGAAAUCUGCUGUUAAUCAACAAGAGGAUUCUAAUCGGAAAUCAGGAAAUAGCCAAAACCCCACGCACCACGAAGAGAAGGACUUGAAGCGUCAAAGUAACCCUCCUAUUAUGUCUGCUGGUCAGCCAGAGGAGCCGGAAAACCCAAAACCAAAGGCUCCGAACAAUCAAAAAAUAUCGAUACAGAGUACGCCCGAUCCGGACACUGUAAAGAGUAGCGUCAAGUCAGAUAAACACUUGAAGUCAACGAAAGAACAGCACUCCAAUCCGAAACAAGAUUUGACGAAAGUGGGAAGCACGCAAAGUUCGAAAUCAGAGACUCACGAAGAUAAUGUAGUAAGGAAGUCCAAACAAAACGCAACAAAAUGUAGUAAAGAUCAAACUCAAAAAUCUGCAGAAAACCCGACAUCGAACAAGAAAAACUCGUCAAGACCAGCUGUGAUUCUGUUGGACGAAACUUCGUCCGACGUUUCUGGAAACAGUGAAUCUCCCAGUGAAUUGACCUUUGGAUUCGAAAUAAAUGAACAACUUUUACUUUCCGAUGAUUCUGAAGAGACGCAAGCCGCGGGUUCAGUAUUCUCACCGACGACUCCUCCACUCUUUGACAAACCUCCGCCAAACUUUGACAGACCACCACCGAUGUUUGACAAACAUUUGAGAUACGACAAACCUCCACCAAACUUUCACGUUCAUACCACGCACCCUCCUCUCCAUCAUCACCCUAUGCAUCAUGUUAUGGUUCCACCACUGCCAUAUUUGAGCUACGGUCCACCGCCAAGGUUCAUAUCUCCUCCUACCUAUCUGCCACCACCGCCACCACCAGGAAUAAUGGAUAAAUAUCAUCAUCAGCCAAAGGAAGAUUUUUCAGCGCGAUACGUGGCGCCGGAGGAGUAUAUGAACGUACAGAACUACAAUCAUGACAAAAUCGUUACAUUCGUAGGAUUAGCAUGGGAAGACGUUAUGCGGGAAAUGCCUGUUACUGCAUCAAGUGGUCGAGUACAGUACUACAGUGGGCAGUGAAUUAAGUGAAAAAUAUAAAGAACUUAAAUGAUCAAAUUUAUUUGAAGAUCAUCAACGGUCGUAUGAGAAGCUGUAUAAGAAGAUAUGGUGACACUGCCCAUUGCCAAUGCAAGUCUAACUUCCCAUACAUAAAUUAUUAAACAUAAACAUUGUACUUGUACAGCUAACCGUUACGAAAAAACUAAAAUGCUUUGGCGCAAAAGUGGUAACAAUUAAAUACUGAUUUUGACAAUGAAUCAGUGAAGCCGGGAGGCGCAAAUCGUGCCUAAGGAGAUAGUCAAAAGUGUAUAUAGUCGUUUACAAUUUAAAAGAAAAAGAAAAUAAUAAUAAAACAAAAAACCGAAGGAAUGACAUCAGACUUCAAAUAUCUAUCGCGUUACUGCCUAUAGACUAUGUAUUAGUAUCAUAACCAGAAUAGAGCAGCAGCAGCAAUAUAUUAAGAGUUAUUGAAAAACAAAUUGGUAUCGCUGAACCCGCUGUCACAUAGAUAAGAAACAAUGAAAAUCACGAAAGAAAAGUAAUCGUACUUUGUGAAUUUAGACUGGCUUGUAUAUAGUUUAAGAGUUAUUUUAAUUUUUUUAAAUUAAAAGAAAUAAACAAAAAAAAAAAAAAACUAAAAAAAAAAGUGAUAUUUAAAUAAUAUCUACUCUAUGUGCUUGGAACUGAACACUGAAGUGAUUACAGCAACCACAUAAAACUUUGGUAUUGCAAUAAUAUGGUAUUCAAAACCUCGUAAUUUGUUGACCGAAAAUAUUGCUCUCAAUAAUAUUAUGAUGAGUAACGUUCGACUUCGAUGAUUACUUAUAAAAGAGAAAAAACUCUCCGAAAAGUAAGCUUCGAAAAAAGUGCAAAAUGUGACACGUAAAAUAUCAUGACACUUCAAUAUCGUGGGACUAAAAAACGUGAAUAACACCCCAAUCAUUUCUUUGAUGACUAAUAGGCGUUUAAGUAAUGAUGCGGUGAACGAAAAAUAUUUGUCACAACGGUAGUGGAACUUGGUCACCUCGUACGAACACGAAGUGGUCCUAAUACAUACAAGACUUUCUAUCCUGGAAUAGUCAGAACUGAAAAUACAAUACAUACUACACAGUGUGAAGGAAGACACAGCCAUAUAUUCACUGGUUCUCGAAAAACAGAAACGAAAAAUCGCGUGCCAGGCAGAAUUUGUAUAAAAUAAUAAUUAGUGCGUUGAAAGUUGGGACUAACAAACUGUUAGAGUUUGCGAAGUGAGAAAGGAUGCUGUCAACAGUUUCUUCCAGCGGCGAAAACAUGAAUACAUAAUAAUAAUGAUGAUAAUGAUAAUAAUAUUAAUAAGAAGAAGAAGAAAAGUUGUUUUUGGACAAUGAAUCGAAGUUAGAUGGGAAAAUGUUGAACCGAGUGUUAAAGAGCGCUAAAUUUUUACACAGACCCGCUUAUUUACUAAAUAUUAAAUAACUAAUUAUUGAUUAUUGGUAAAACGUAAUUGAUUAAAAAAAGAAAGAAAUAUUUGCUUGUGAUGUAUGAAAGAUUGGAUGUCUGGUAGCCCAUGUAAGAAUGUCACGAUAGUGUAGACAGGUUGCUGUUUGAAUAUAAUGCACACAGAACUUUAAUGAUCGAGUUGAUAUGAGAGAAAUAAAUUUAUUUUACAAUAGAUCAAUAUGUAGUCCGAUAUACGACCUCAAAGAUUAACAUCAUGUUCACUUACCGAACGGCACGAAAUUCACCAACUGAAAAAAGAAUCAUAUAGAAAAAGUAGUCAAUUAAUUUAAUUCUCUAAAUAAAUUUGUUAUAGCAAAAAAUAUACAAGACAGUGAACCCCUAGUAUAAUUUUCUGUCGAUACCUUUUGUCGGCCCCCAUACUCUUCAUGGCGUAGUAAUGGUGUCCAAAAUUAUGAUGGCAUAUUCCGGUUUUACGACAUCAUCUCGUGCCUUUUUUUAAUCUACAGCUUGAUUGUUGUGUUUUAAUAAUAAAUUCAAUGAUUCUAUUUUGAACAUUAUUGUGAAUUUUACAAAAAUCAACUUAUAAAACUUUUAGUGCCAAUUUUCCGAUCAGUGAUAUAUUUAUAUAUGGUAUAAAAUCUUGUACAGUAUUUAUAGUUCAUUCAGCGCUAACUUUUAGUUCCUCAUUGUUAUUUUCUUUGUAUGGGAGAAAUUUCUUUUAAGGAACUCUUGAAUGGAUGUAUAGAAAUACAAUUCCAUGGCAUUAAUCUAUUUUAUAUGUACUUGUCAUUGCACGUAUAUACCUAUAUCUUAGUUUCAGAUAUAGAUACAUGUACGAUAAUUGCUGAAGGAAAUUUCGACAACAAAAAAAUACCUAAUUCUAUCCUGUGCUGGGUGAACAAUUUAAAUAAUGAGAUUUUUUGUCUCCAUUUUUGUUGACAUUGACAUGAUUUCGAGGAGAGCCGACAAAUGCUUAUUUAUUUGAUAUUGCAGUUUUGAUUUGAUCCCUUUAACUUCGUCUAGAACCACUUUUGCAACUAUUCAUAAAAGAGAAUUGUUUUGGGGUAAUGUGCCGGUCAAUUAAUAAUAUUAAAAUUAAAAAUUUUCAUUUAUGUGACUAUUUUAAUUAAAAUUAAUGUGUCGAAUGCUUAGAGCCGUAACAGUGUAUAGCAUUAAAUGUAAAAAUGUAAAUAAUUAUAAUUUUAUAUCUGUGAUUUUAAUUAAGAACUCUGACUACAAAUUCAGUAGCUGCUAAAAAUAUGCCAAUUUGGAACAAAGACCCCAAAAAUAUUUAUUGUUUUCGAAAAAUCAGAUGAAUAAUUCUGUCGAACAAUGCUUCACCAUCAAAUUUAUUAUACCUUGAAACAAAGAAGAAAAAAAACACGCAAUUGAUAGUGCUUCAGUUCAUCAUGAGUAUGUAUUAGUUAUCGUUGCUCUGGUCAUCGUUACAGCUCACUCUCCUUACUUUUAUUUCAGAAUGUUUCAGCAAUAUUCAAAGCGUAAUAAUGCAUGCCACAUCUUGUUUCAUUGCCAAUUGAUUACAACUGACUUGUUCUGAAAAGUAAUAACAUUGCAAAGAAAAGAUGAUCUAAAGUGCCAUAUCAAGAGUCUUGCGUCAAUAAAUUUCUUGCAAGAUCAGGAUCAGAAAUAUGAAACGCUCAACUUUACACCUUUUACUUGCUCUUUUUUUAAAUUUAAACUCUUGUGAAUGAAUAAAAAAUAAAUUUAUUCAUGAGUUAGACUGAUGAAAAUGAACUAACUCAACAAUCAGACUAUCUUCAAUUAUUUGAAUUGAGUGAAAAUUUCACUCAACAUGAAACUUUUCGGAUUCAACUGUCCAAAUGAAUACCAGCCCGUCAUUUUUUUACUGUCUGUAAUCUUCGUGCUUUGUACACAGAUUAGUUAGUUUCAUUUUUGAUAUCAGAAUUUUGUCCGUGGAGUGCAUCGCAUCUCUGGUAGCAAUUUUACAGCACCUGCUCACAACGCAACUAAAACUAAGAAUUAAAGUUUAGUCAUCGUUUGCGCCUCAGAAUUCAGGAGUAUAAUUUUGAUGAGUUAUUACGUUGCAAAGUGGUUUGUAUAAUUUAUUCAAUCAGCAACCUGUUGGAAUGAAGAGAAACAAAAAACAAAUUUUGCAUAGCGUCACUCUGAAAAUGUUUCCCUAAAAAUGAAGUUAAAUGAAAUAUACACUACUUUAGAUGGGUUCGCCUGGACGCAUGAUGAUGUAUUGUUCGUCUAGUAUUAAUAAUAAUUAAUCAUUAUUAAUUAAUUAAAAUCGAUAAUGUUUUGUUGUUCAUUUUUUCUCAAAAUCUCAAAAAACUGUAUAUGAGAAAAGAAAUUCCUUGUUGUUGUUUUUGUUCUUGGCUUUUCCGACGGCACAAGAGUGGUACAAAGCUGGCGGUGUAGCCUUAGUUCAGAGGAAAAAAGUAAAGGGAAACAAAUUAUUUAAUUGAGUUAAUAUUUCAAAGUUGUCACGUAUCAGACUAUCAGCUGUGAGAUGUCCAAGAUUUAUUCUUGCUUAACUUUCAUUGAACACAUUCAUUUAUUUCAGCCAUAAUUUAUCUGGCGAACGUUUGUCUUUGCAAAUAUCAAUGUGCUAGUGACGGAUAAUAAGAGGCACAACCUGAGCUCUUUUACUAAGUCAAUUUGGAUAUCCCUGUUCAUUUCUUAUUUCAUCUCCGAUUUUUUUAUACUGUUUAUUUCAGGUGUAACAUCCAUUAUACAAUAAAAAUUUUGAUUAGAAUUUGAUAUUACUUCUGGUGUUCUUAUAAUCUGAUAUGUGUCAACUGUACAAAAUAGAUAUAUGCUUUGUCACCUCAAAAUGCUAGACUCAGUCUCGGCCCGGUGCCGUAAGUCGGAAAAAAUAUAUUAUAUAAAUAUAUAGGAUUGCAAGGAGUAGCGCAUAAAUACUUGAAAAUAACUUGGACCGUGUAUUUUGUAAAAUGUGGCUGGCACCAUCAGGAUAGAACUUGGUAAUACUUUGAUACAUCGCAUCCAGAAUGUAACCUGAAGCACUCACAUACAAAUAGUUUUAGAUUUUCACACAAGUCGCGUAAAAUUUUCAUUUCCACGAUGUAAAUUAAUCUAAAUUUUCUUUUCGUUCGUCAUUUAUGUUACGGAAAAAUUCAUUGCACGUAUAACGAGAGUUACAGUUGAAGUAAUCUCAACUAGAAAUAUCCGAUUAUGAAUUUUGUAGUAGACUUUUUUAUAUUUUUCUUUUUCUUUUUUAUUUUUCUAAAUUUUCGAGUCAAAGCUUACACCAAUUUGUUAUUCGUACAAAUAUGUUUUUCAUUUAAUGUACAAAUAAUGUAAAUAAUAUCCAUCCAAUCACCCCCAACAUGUCUGGAUGUAACUUGCACAGGAAUAUCCCAAAUAUACGAGUGAUCGGACCUGUAAAUUCGUAUCUCAGGUUUUACGUUAUAAUUCUAAAUUGUAUCUGAUUUUAGUUUCACAAUACUCACACGACAGCAUUAAAUUUCAAGGUUUAUCAGGCUCUUCGUACAGCUGUAUAGAAAUGGUUCUAUAUUAACAAGAACUAUUGAUUUUUUAGAGCAAUCUAUCUUCCUGGGAACAUAUUUGAAGAUGAAUCAAACAUUCUGUAUACGCCAAAAAUGCCAGCAUCGGUUGUGUUAAUACGGUCUGAUGAUCUCAGUGUAGCCUUGUAUUACUGUACAAUUUGUUAUUGAGUAUACAAGAUUUCUGUACUGUAUAUAAAUAGCUAUUACUACAAUUAUUAUUAAUGGAAUUGUCAUGUGUCAGCAAUAUGUCAAUCUAUUUAAUUAUAAUUUUAUUAUUAAAACAAAAACAAACAAAAAAGAAAAAGUAAAAAAAACAUUAAAAAUAACAACUACGAAUUGUGAGUGUGAGUGUGUAAAAAUGCGUGACAGGAGGCUGCGCCGCCUAGCUAAAAAGAAAAAGCAAAAAAAAAUUAAAACAAAAAACAAAAAAAAUAAAAAUAAAAAAACGGAAAAAAAAGUUACAAAAAAGUAAAAAAUACAAAAAUAAUAAAAUACAAACAAAACGAUUUUGUUGCCAAAGUCCCUCUACGGGUAUCAUAUGUAUAUAUGGUAAAGAGUAAUACGUGACAUAUCUGAUCUUGGAUGAUAGAUCAUCUUUAAGCUUGUUUGAAAAAUUAACAUGCUCCAGAAGAUGUAGUUUCAUUAACUGCAGAUUGCUUUUAAUAUAAAUAAGCAAGAGUAUUGCUUUAUCUAUUCUACUCCGCAUUUGGCACAGGGAUAUACAGAACUGUUACGUAUUACUUUUUCUGAUAUUUAUAAUCAAUAAAAUAUUAUUGGUAUGGGUAACGGUCAUUUCGAGUCAGUUUUUAAUGGUCAACAGCAAAAUAUCGGUAGGUGUUUAUUCUACAAACAAAUACAGUUGUUACGAAGGGUCACAUGGUUUACAAACGGAUAUCCUAUCUAUUUUACCGAGCAGAGUAUUUCUUAGCCGGUGUAUAUCAAAUUUUCUUUAGAACAAAUAAAUAAUUUGUUUAGCACAAGAGCAGGCUCCAUGCUAUUCAAGUAGUAAUUUUAAUAGCCAUUCGUCCAGCCCUUUGUUCAUACAAAACCGAUUCAGCAAGUUCUAGUUCUGAGCUGUGAAAUUCAAUUUAUGUUAACAUUUGUAAUGCCAAAAUAUGAGUUUCUAGUUCAUUAUUGAAAAAUGAUUUCAUCCAUUUCCUCAAGUAAGACAUAAGUCAGUUUUGCAGGGAAGUUUAUGUGAUCUACCGAUCAGAAUGUGCAGUGAUUUAUUUUUCCCUCUCGUGCCGCUUGAUCAAUAAAUGAAAUUGACGAACAAAUGACUAAUAUGCAUACAGAAUAUAUGAUGCCCUGACCGUCACUACUUUGUUACUAAUAUAUCUAAACCUCAGAUUCAAAGUAAGCUUAUGAAUACAAAAAACAAGAAAAAGAAAAAAAAAUCAUUACCAAGAAGUUAUAAAAAAUGUAAUACUGCAAGAACACAUGUCCUCCUGUAUGUAUAAAAAAAAGAAAACGAAAAAAAAACUAAAUAAUGAUAAGUCGCCAUUUUACCUUUAUGCUGUUCUAUCGCAUCCGUCAUACAGGUUUUGUGUAAGGUAAUAUGGGAUACUGUGAUAUGUUGUUAUUCAUUUUUUUGUAUGUGUUCAAAUAAAGUCUUUUCACACCUUA